GACGCUAGGAGUCUGCAGCGCUACAGAGUAGUAUACAGAGUAGCAGCUAACAGCGUUCUCGACCCCUGUGGCAAGUGUCGGCGAGCCUUUUCGAGGGCUUCCCUUCCCCCCUCUCUCUUAACUGUCCCUCGGUUUCUCCGCCGCGAGCUGGUGGCGGGGACAAUGCAGCGCCGCCGUGGCCCCUCCUCUGCCCCGCUCCUCGCUCGGCUCUGGCUCUUGCUGGUGCUGCGGUGCGCGUCUGCGCAGGUGAAGAAGCAAGUGGCCGUCACGCGCUGGAAGCCCGCCACGGCCACCUGGUACGGCAGCCCCGACGGCGACGGCAGCGACGGUGGGGCGUGCGGGUACGGGUCGCUGGUGGACGUGAAGCCGCUGAGGGCUCGGGUCGGGGCGGUGAGCCCGGUGCUGUUCAAGGCCGGCGUGGGCUGCGGGGCGUGCUACAAGGUGAAGUGCGUGGACCAGAGCAUCUGCUCCCGGAGGGCCGUCACCAUCAUCGUCACCGACGAGUGCCCCGGCGGCUACUGCUCCGGCGGGAACACCCACUUCGACCUCAGCGGCGCCGCCUUCGGCCGCAUGGCCAUCACGGGCGAGGCCGGCCCGCUCCGCAACCGGGGCGUCCUCCCCGUCCAGUACCGGAGGACACCGUGCAAGUAUCCGGGCAAGAAUAUAGCGUUCCACGUGAACGAAGGCUCCACGGACUAUUGGCUCUCUCUCUUGGUCGAAUUUGAGGAUGGAGAUGGCGACGUGGGUUCCAUGCACAUUAGACCCGCGAGUUCGAGCGAGUGGGUAGAGAUGAAGCACUUGUGGGGGGCGAACUGGUGCAUCAUUGGGGGUCCUCUGCAAGGCCCCUUCUCGGUGAAGCUGACCUCAUUGUCGACCUCAAGAACGCUCUCGGCCAGAGAUGUCAUCCCAAGGAACUGGUCUCCCAAAGCCACUUACACCUCUCGCCUCAAUUUCUUCUAACUCCAUCAUCUAUCCGCCAAAGUCCCCCUUUACCUAGCAUCCCGUCCCAAAGUAGCUUUUGCCGGUUCUCUUUUUCGAAGAAAAGUAGCGAGUGGAGGUGCAUAGAUUGGCAUCCCAUGCUCUUUCUUCUUCUUCUUCUUCUUCAUUUCAAUUUUCCCCCUUGAUGUGUACUUUUUUUCUCAUUUGGGUUUUCUUGGAGGCAAGUGUGGGCGGGAGUGUUCGUGUUGUGUAGUUGAUGUAGCCCCUCUCCGAAGGAGAGAGAGCGUGCAUAGGCUUUGCAAUAGCAUGUGUGCAGAGAUUGGGUUGGUGUGGGGUUAACGAGAUUGUGGGGGCCAUUGUUUUGUCUUGAUGAUGACUUUGGACCGUUUAAAUUGAAUCUGCUUGUCGAUCCAUGUUGUGGGGGGGAGACAAAGGUCAGUUGUUGUGGGGACACUUGUUGUGAGUUUGUUUCUUCCGUCGAUUCAGUUGUAGUCGAAGGUGAAUUUUAAUUGUUCGAGCUA